CCGUGCACGUGCGUGUGUGUGUGUGAGACGACAAGUUGAAGCAGGCUGAAGGUGUGGCGGUUGAGUGCGCGAGGAGGAGCUCGUUCUGAGUCACGGAAACUUCUGAUGUUGUUCAGAUUGUCUACGUCAGAACGACCGGAACCAGGACGGAGCGUUCAGCUGACCUCUAGUCUCCAGCUUUGAGGUUUUGGACUUCUUCUGAUCCGCGACUUCAGCAGGAAGCGGGUGGUCUGUGAUGGGUAGAACCUCCUGAUCCUGGCCCAUACAGCUGUUCCUGUCCAUCUGUUUGUCAUUACUCUCCUUUACCACCAUGCGUAGAUUUAGUUCUGAGAGCUCCCUUUUGGAUUUGGAUUGCACACCGUGGAAGAAAGCACAGCUGCAAAACCCAGAUCAUGGCAACAGCCUGAAGUCUGGAAGUUACACACAAGUAGAUAAAGGGGUGAGUGGUGUGAUUCCUAUAAUCCAGGAGCCACAAGCAGCUUCCAGUAGAACCAGAAGAAAUCAGUUUAUCAGAAAGAUUAGUAUAAGUGCAGAAAACCUGAAUGAUCUGGGGAAACUGGACAACAACCACCUUGCAGUGAGCACAAUCAACGAGAACUGCAGGGCAUACAGCGACAGUAAGCUGGGUCCGGAUGCCCAGAAUGGAACAGAGAGUCUGGAACGAGGCCAAAAGCCUUCCUCAUCUUCAUCAGCCUACAGAAACCUGCACAAAGCCAAACUUUCAGCUGCUAAACUGCACCUCAAGAGCCUCUUUGGACAGAGUCCACCAUCAUCAAACCCCAACCUGUCUAAUCCAGAAAGCAAAGAGAGUCCUACAGAGAAAAGAUCUCGUCUGCUCUUCUUGCACCAGUGGAGUCCGGCGGGCCACAAUAAGAAGGGGAAGAUCAGCCGAGAUGAGCUGGAGAAGUGGACGGUGUCUCUGAACGCCCUGUUAGCCAGUCCAACUGGUGUUACAGUGUUUGGAGCUUUUCUGCGCUCCGAGUUUAGUGAGGAGAACUUGCAGUUCUACUUGGCCUGUGAAGAGUACAAACACUCCUCCAACAACUUCAGCCUGCACAGGAGGGCCAAAGAUAUCAGCACGAUGUACAUCCAACCAGGAGCUCCACGUGAGGUGAACUUGGACAGUAAAACCAGAGACCAGACCCUCCAGCUACUGCAGGCCCCCAAUCACACCUCGCUGCUUCCUGCUCAGAAACGGAUCUUUUCCCUGCUGGACACAGAUUGUUACCCUCGCUUUCUCCAGUCCAACAUCUACCAGACUCUGUUGCAGGAGGCUGAGUAGAGGUCACAGACCCAGAGGGACGGACGAGCCAAGCACUGUGCAGGACCGACUGGUUCUCUAUAAUAACACUGUAAAUAAUCAAGUUAAACGUGUCGAGCCACAGAACUGCUGCACAUGGAACAAAUAUUUGGGUCUUUGGAACACAUUAAGAGUCAACUGCUGAAUGGAAAUAGAAACUUUUAGUCCUAAGGUGAAGUGAGUCAGAUGGAAACCUUCAGUCAGGACCCACGAUAGUCCGGUUUAUUGAGGAGAGGGCCUGGCCGCUGGUCUUGGUCUGGUUAAUGCUGAGCUGUGUGAUUCCUAACAGACAGGCUUUCAUUCCCACAUGAAUGAAAAUGUAAAUGUUCUGAAUAGUCUGGGCCUUCAGGUGAAUUGGGUCUUGUUAGUUUGGUAACAAAUGUGUACCGUUGUUAAUAAUAUUCUUAUAUUUCUGUGUGGAUCUAUAAAAACCAUGAUCAGCAUCACUGUUUUGUACAACCUGACUGUCAACAUCUUCCUGAAAUCAAAACAAACACCCUUUCUGGUCCAAAAGGCUCAUUGCUUCUUAUUUGAUCUGCAGGAUUUAUGACUGUGGGUCACAGACCAGUUAGUUCCUGGUGCUGGUUUUAAUUUAGCUUCCUGUUUUUAUCAGAUGAUUUAUUGUUUGUAUUUUUCUACUACUGAGAUUUUUCUGUGUAGGUCAGUUUCUGUUAUUCUGUUUGUAAUUCAAUGUCUGAAACUAAAUAAAACUGUUUUCAUUUUUACUCAA